AUGGCGAUGAAGGACAUGAAGCCCGAUCUGGAGAAGCUCGAUUCUCACAUCGACUCUCUCGAGGAUGCGCUUAAGCCCCUUAUCGACAGUCUUCCUCAGUUGGCCGACGAGCUUCCGCUACUCGACAAGGCUAAAAUGUUUGCCCUUUCGGCCUAUGCCAUUGAGUCUCUCCUCUUUUCUGCCCUCCGUUUGCAAGGUGUAGACGCCAAGGACCACCACGUCAUGACGGAACUCAAACGCGUGCAGCAGUACUUUGGCAAGAUCAAGAAUGUCGAGGAGACGCCGGCCCAACGGACCCUGACUAUCAACACGGAGGCCGCGACGCGGAUCCUCAAAGCGGAUCUUGGCGAGAAUGACAAGGGACUGAAGAAGAAACUUGAGGAGAAACUGGCUGAGGAGCGCGCCAAGGCCCUGCUCAACUCCAUCCAGAAGCCCAAGAGACCGGCCCCUGAUUCGCCGUCGGCCAGCUCCUCUGGCCCGGAGAAGAGGCAGAGGAGCUCGAGACGGAAGAGCGCGGGUAAGAAGAACAAUUUAUGA